CAAAUGUUUAUUACUUUUGCAUGUUUUAAUUACUCUCUUUUAGGAGUUUUAGGAUAUAAUUUGUUUUUAUGAAGGUAAAAAGUGAAUCAUCAUAAAUAAUGAUUCAACAUAAUGCGAUUAUUAUAAACUAUUAGUGAUAUUUCUGUGUUAUAUAGACAUCAAAGUAUUCGAAUUCACAAUAAAUAGUUCAUAACAAAUUCUUGACAUGGCUGAGCUAGAUUACCAAACGGCAUUACUUCUGCAAAACAAGUUCGAACAAGAAAAGCGGGAUUCGCAGAUAGCAAAGGAGCUGCAAAGGCAGUUCGAGAAAGAAAAUGUACCCAACAACAGAGAACAAAAUCGCAGAUCAAGUUUAAAUGACUCUUUACUUGCCCGAUCUUUGCAAGAACAAUUUCAAACUGAAAUGGAAGUGGAAAGGCCUCAACAAAACUUAGUUUAUGAUGCGCCAAAUGGCAGGAACUCAGGUAAAUCUCUGACUGAUCCUUCUUGGGAGGUCAUAGAUCCUACUCCUGAUAUUCAUAUGUUGUUCAUUGCUUUCAACGAAAGAUUUUUUUGGAACCAAUUGGGGUCUGUGACUGUCAGUUGGAGUAAAAGAAUGACCACUUGUGCAGGAAUUUGUUCCUAUCAAGGCAGAGGAGGUAUGUGUACUAUAACCCUCAGUGAACCUCUUUUAAAACUUCGACCAAGAAAAGACUUAGUAGAGACCCUUUUACAUGAGAUGAUCCAUGCUUAUCUAUUCGUAACUAACAAUAAUAGGGAUAGAGAUGGACACGGACCUGAGUUUCACAGACACAUGAAUAGGAUUAACCAAGAGGCUGGAACCAAAAUUACUGUGUACCACAACUUCCACGAUGAAGUGAACUUAUACAAAACUCACUGGUGGAGAUGCAACGGCCCCUGUCAUACAAGGAAACCGUUUUUUGGUUUAGUACGUCGAGCUACCAACAGAGCUCCUUGUCCGAACGAUUUUUGGUGGGCCGAGCAUCAACAAAAUUGUGGAGGCCAGUUUAUUAAGGUGAAAGAACCAGAAAAACCUGAGAAGCAAACUAAAUCGAAAUCGGCGUCAAAAAAUCCAACCAAAUCUCCUGAUAUACGGAAAUUCUUUCCUUCCAAAAAUUUGCCAAAAUCCAAAAGUGAUAAUAACAGCAACGUCAAAACUGUCGAAACUAAAAAUGAGUCAAAAGCUAAAAUUAACAAAGUCAUUCCAAACUCGGGCAAUAUUUUUGGUUUCGGCAACCUAAACGGAGAAGAUUGUAACUGUGAUAAAAAUGGAACGAACACCAAAGAUAACAAAGCAAAAAAGAUAGUUUCUACAGCAGGUAAAACCUUAGGUACCAAAAAUCCUGACGGUGUUUCUACAUCAGGUAAAACCUUAGGCACCAAAAAUCCUCCUGACAGUGUUUCCAAAAUUUCUAAAGGAGUUUUAAGAAGAACAAAAUCGGAAUCUGCUAAUAAUGUGUCUAAAAAUGAUCAAACAAAGUCCACUCCAGCUAAACCUACGAGUAAUGGUGCCUACGAUGUGGUACGCAAUCAUUGGAUAAACAAAUUUUCAAAUACAAGCAGUACUAUUACAAAAUCCAAUACAACUACACCAUGGAAGAGACCAAAACCUUCGGAAUCUGCACGACCAGUAACCAGUGGCAGUAGUACCAGUACUAGUAGCUGCAGUACCAGUGCCACAAAGGUACCAAAACUAUCAGAACCAGUAGCAGAUUGUAGUCCAAUUGCAAAACCGAAUACAACUUCACCAUUGAAGAGACCAAAACUAUCAGAACCAGUAGCAGAUUGUAGUCCAAUUGCAAAACCGAACACAACUACACCAUUGAAGAGACCAAAACUAUCAGAACCAGUAGAUUGUAGUCCAAUUGCAAAACCGAAUACAACUACACCAUUGAAGAGGCCAAAACCUUUCGAAUCUGCAUUGGUUGGUUCCAGUAAGGUACCAAAACUAUCAGAGCCAGUAGCAGAGUGUCCUGUAUGUUCCAAACAAGUACCAGAAUAUAAAAUAAAUAGUCAUUUAGAUGAAUGUCUCGGAACUUCUGAACUGGAGUCGACAAAAUGCCACACUUGUGGGAUUGUUGUUGCUGAAGGGAAGUUAGAAGAGCACCUUCAAGAUUGCAAUGAUGAUGUUGUGUUUCUUGGUGUUAAGAGAUCUGAGGACGAAAAUACUUUGGAUAACAGUCAAGAAGAUAGAAUCAAUAGUGAUAAUAGCGUAGAAACGAAAAAGUGUGAUAUUUGUAAGAAACUGGUAGGUAGCUAAAGACAAUUUUGACAUGCACGCUGUUAAUUGUCUUAAUAGUAUGUUUGAUCGAUUAGAAGAAGACAUUCAUAAGCCAUCCACCAGCUCGACGUUAACCAACGUAGAGGCUUCUAGUAGUAAAACCAACAAUUAUACAGAUUUUGAAGCUUCUAGUAGCAACACAGAACCUUCUGGAUCAAAAGAUACAGUUCAAUGUUUAGCUUGUAACAAAAAAAUCAUAAAAUCAGAGCUUGAUGAGCAUCUUGAAAAUUGUAUGAGCUUGAGUCAGAUUUUCGACGAUGAAAAUGAACCUGUUGAAGAAGAAACUGAAGCUAAAGAUCUGUUUAACUGUCCGUCUUGUAUGAAGCUUUUUUCAGAAUUGGAAAUGAACGAUCAUAUUGAUGUUUGUUUGAACAUUAGCGACGUUUGACUUGUUUUACUUGUUGUUUGGAACGUGAAGGAUAUUAUUUGUUUUUAUUGUAGUUGAUUUUUGAAAAAGAAAUACUAAAAUAUAUUUUUUUUAUACCGAAA